AUGGCUUCUGCGGGAGCUCCUGCUGCCACUGGAGACUCGAUCGAGCUUCCCAUCGUGGACAACGACCAGAACUUCAUCAUCCGGGAGUGUAGCAACGCGAUCGCAAAGCUCAUCGUUCUUUCCAAGAGGCAGCAAGCGCCUACCGAUGAGGCCUGCGAUACUUCACACCCGAGAUUCGGACUCGGGGCCGAGGCUCUCCAUACACGCUGGACAGCCACCAACCUCGAAGACGAGAUCGUUGCCACCGGUUCCGACAACGACGACGAUGAUGGCGGCAGCGGCACUGAGGCUAUCGUAGCCUCUUCGACCAGGAAGCAUUCCUCUACGGCUCUCAACACCGAAACCCUGCGUCUGCCCCAUCGCGCCCAUCCCAUCUUUGGUCGAAAUGGCAUCAUGCAUGGCCUCUUCAUUACUGUUUCAAAGCGUAAGACAUACGGAAUCAACCCUAUCUACAAGAACGAACAGCGCGACUCCUCCCAAAUCGGCGACAACGGGCUCACCGCCGGCGACUGGUGGCCUCUUCAGUCGGCGGCCGUCUUCAACGGCGCUCACGGCUCGUGGUCUGGCGGUAUUGCGGGCAAAAAGGAGGGCGGCGCCGUCUCGAUCGUCACCUCGGGCUACUACGAAGACCUUGACCGAGACGACGGGGACACUCUUUUUUACUCGGGCUCGGGAAGCCACGACAAUACGAACCCCACCGUCAUCAAGGAUACCAGCGGAACGCAGCUGAUGCGUACGGCCCAGAACAAGGGUAAUCACAUUCGCGUACUGAGGUCGUCCUCGAGCGGUGGUGGUUCGUGGUGCCCUUCCAUCGGCAUUCGCUACGAUGGCCUUUACGGUAUUGUUGGCAGACGGACUCUCAAGAACAGGCUGGGCGGGGUGUACGAACAGUUUGAACUCCAUCGCCUGCCGGGGCAGCAAGCUCUCAACAGCAUUCAGCGUCGAAUUCCGACAGGCCAACAGAAGCGUCUGUAUGAGGAGAUGAAGAACGGUUACUAG